AAGGACACUGAAAUCCAAGAAAAAGAUAAUGUAAUCCAAGAGAAGAAUAAAAUAAUUCAAGAAAUGGUAGAUUUACUUCAAGUAAGGGAUAACUUAAUUCAAGAACAGAAGAAUGAAAUUCAGACUAUUGUUAAGAAACUUAAACAACAGGAUAAAGAAAUUCAGAAGAUUCAAGAGAAGGAUAGAAUAAUCAAAGAGAAGAAUGGCCUAAUUCAAGAAAAGUGUAACAAUAUUCAAGAUCUUGUUAAGAAGAUUCAUGAACAGGAUAUAACAAUUCAAGCGAAAGAUUACAAUAUUCAAGUAAUUGCUCAGGAAUAUAACAGAUUUCAAAAAUUUGUUGAAGAGAAGGGUAAAAAUAUUCAAAAAAUUUCUGAGGAGAAGGAUAAAAAAAUUCAAAAAACUGUUGAGGAGAAGGAUAAAGAAAUUCAAGAAAAAGAUAAAGCGAUU